UGAAGGAGAGUGUGUUGUUAUAAAACCAGGACUCUGUCACACUCCAAGCUCACACUUCAGCUCCUCCUCGCCUCCAGUGUCUUACAGGUGCUGCACCUCUGAAACCAUGGCCCAGGACAUGACUCUGCUGUGGGGCUCCGGCUCUCCUCCCUGCUGGAGGGUCAUGAUCACCCUGGAGGAGAAGAAUCUGCAGGGCUACAACAGCAAAAUGCUCACCUUCGAGAAAAUGGAGCACAAGUCCCAAGCUGUCAUGAACAUCAACCCCAGGGGUCAGCUUCCUUCCUUCAAACAUGGGAGCAACGUUGUGAAUGAGUCUUGCGGUGCCUGCUUAUACCUGGAGAGCCAGUUCAAGUCCCAGGGAACCAAGCUGAUCCCCGACUGCCCCGCUGAGCAGGCAUUGAUGUACCAGCGCAUGUUUGAGAGUCUCACGCUCGGCCAGAAAAUGGGGGAUGUUAUCUACUACAACUGGAAGUUCCCAGAGGGAGAGAGACACGACUCCGCUGUGAAGAGAAACAAAGAGAAUCUGAUCACUGAGCUGAAGCUGUGGGAGGGAUAUCUGCAGAAGGCGUCCGGCUCGUUCGUGGCGGGAAAGGACUUCUCACUGGCUGAUAUCAUUUUUUUCCCUGGUGUCGCUUAUCUCUUCCAUUUUGGGUUGUGUGAGGAGCGUUACCCCAAACUGGCGGCGUACUACAACUGUCUGAAGGUGAGACCCAGCAUCAAAGCCAGCUGGCCCCCCACCUGGCUGGAGAAUCCAAAGGCACAAGACAUGCUGAAAGACUUCUGAGAAUUAAAACCUGCACUGACGGCUCUCGUUGUGUAAUAUGUGACCAUCCCUUGAAUUGCACUAAUGUAUCUGACAGGAACUUCUGCUCAUUUUCUAUUAUCAUUUGUCUUUGAUGUAAAAGACUCAUAUUUCGUCAUGUAACGAAAAAGCAAUAAAAACUUACUU